CCAACCAACUUCUCCCUAUAUAAAUCAGGGAAGCAUUUUUGCUCUCAUAAUUUUGUUGUCACUUCUCUCUUUAACCAUUUUUUUGGUCCGCACGGAACAAAGCUUUUCGCCACACAAUCUGAUAGGGUUGUAUUUGGAUCCAGAAUAUGGCAGAUGAAGAAGUGAUGGUGGAAGCAACGAGCCCAGUUCCAUCAGAUCAUCACAAAAGAAAGCUGGAGGAUUUGGAGCCGAACGCGCCUGAACUACUAACUGAAGUUGGGUCGGACCCGAAUCCCGAAACGGUGUCGGAUUCUGUGCAAGAACUUGACGGGACAAUUGAGGAAGAGGCUGCUGAUGUUGAUGGGUCUGAACCUAAACGACCUCGUUUGGAGGAUAAAGCUAAUGGAUUGGCAUCCCAAAAUGGUUAUGAGGAGAAGGUAGAGGAAGAGUCAAAAAUAGAUGAUAAUGAGCAGCCUAGUAUUCAUCCAGAGGUUUCUCAAGGAGUAGCCCAGGAGGCUCCCAAUUCAUGCAAGGAACAACCUGCUGAUGAUAAUCAGCUAACAGGGGAUGUUGAACAAUCUGAAGCCAAAACUUUUCUUGAGGCAGAGAAAAGUACUCAGGUCAAUGAACCAUCUAAAGGUGACAUUCAGGGGUCUGAAGCAGAGAAGAGUACUCAGGUCGUUGAAUCUAAAGGUGACAUUCAGGAUCCCUCAGCUGAAGUGCCUGGUGACAUUCAGGAGGAGCCCUCAGCUGAACCUCCUGAAAUGGAGCGUCUGCAGCUUGAUCAAGAGCAUCCAGCCUCUGAUGAUCAAACAAUUACGCGCAAAAUGGAGGUCCCCAAUAAUAAGGUUGGGGUUCUUAUUGGAAAAUCCGGCGAUACUAUUCGAUACCUGCAAUACAACUCAGGUGCUAAAAUUCAGAUAAUGCGCGAUGCUGAUACGGAUCCACAUGCUGCCAGCAGGCCAGUUGAACUUAUUGGAACAUUGGAAAAUAUAAAUAAAGCUGAGAAAUUAAUAAAGGAUGUCAUAGCUGAGGCUGAUGCUGGUGGUUCUCCUGCACUUGUGGCUAGAGGUUUCGGCACUGUGCAGGCUGUGGUUGGAGAACAGAUUGAGAUACAAGUUCCAAAUGAGAAGGUUGGUUUAAUAAUUGGAAAAGGUGGGGAAACUAUCAAGAGCCUUCAGACAAGAUCAGGGGCACGAAUUCAGCUGGUGCCGCUUCCUUCUGAUGGAAAAGAAUCUAAAGAAAGAACAGUACGUGUGACUGGUGAUAAAAAGCAAAUUGAGAUGGCAAGAGAGAUGAUCAAGGAAGUCAUGAGUCAGCCUGUGAGACCAGCAACUCUCUCUUCGGGUUAUGGUCAGCAGCCAUUUCGCCCACGUGGUGGAGGUGCUCCACCUCAAUGGGGACCCCGGGGUGGUCAUCCUGGGCAGUUUCCAGGUUAUGAUUACCAUCAAAGAGGACAAUACUCAUCUCGCAGCCCACAAUAUCCACCUCCUGCCUAUGGAAAUUAUCCGCCACAUGCACCAAGAGGCGGGUUUGGUCCGGGUUGGGAGCAAAGGCCUCAAGCCUCUAUGCAGGGCCCUCCAUCACAGGCAAACUACAACUAUGGGCAGCCACAUGGUCAAGAUUAUGGCCCGUCAUACCCUCAUCAGGCACAACAUGGACAAGGUUAUGGACAUGGAUACACUGAUGCAAAAUAUGACCACCAGAUGGCACCACAUAAUCAGUAUGGAGGACAUGGGCCUUCUCAGCCAACAUCUUACCCUCAAAGUGGUGCACAUCCCAGCUAUGGAACCCAUGAGCAAUACGGUAAGCCUCCUUCCUACGGUAUGCAUCCACAGGCUUCGCAACCUUAUAGCCAUCCCAGGGCUAAUCAACCUGGAGAAGUGCCAUAUCAGGGUCCAGUUCCAUCAACCCAAGGGUAUGGUGCUAGUAUGCUGCAUCAGCAGCAAUACCCCUAUGUAUCCAGUGGGCAAGUGCAACAAACUUACCCUGCAUAUGGAUCUUCCACUGCUGCCGAUGGAUAUAAUCAUCCACAAGGUGCUCCAGCUUCUGGUCCUGGGUAUCCUCAGCAAAGUGCACAGCCUGUUCCUGGGUAUGGUCAGCCUGUGCCACAACAACCUCUUGCUUAUGCUCAAGCAGCCCCUGUUGGAGGUUACAGUUCCUACCCUUCACAGCCUACUUACACUGAACAGCAGGCCACAAACAAUGCAAGCUAUGGUUAUCAGGGACCAGUUGAUCAAACUUACAGUGGCGCUCAGGCUUCAACAACUUAUAGUGCACCAUUUACUGGACAGCAAACUUAUGCUCAACCAGCUCCAGUUCCUUCUUCAGCCCCAGCUCAGCCUGGUUAUGAUCAAUCCAUGACUCAACCAGGCGGUGGUUAUGCUCCUGUAUCUGCUGCUGCUGGUUAUGUUAAGAGUGUCUCACCCCAGCCUGGUUAUGCUCAGUAUGAUGCUAAUCAGAUGUAUGGUGCCCCCAGGUGAAACUUUCUUCUUCGCUGAUGAAAUUGUUUCAGGAGAAGUGUUCCAGUGUUCUUGUUCUAGGCUGUUAGUUUGUACUAGUUUGAAUUUCAGAUCAGUCUCUCAUUGCACAUGAAAUAUUUGAUUAGUAACAAUGUCUACUGUGUUUUUUCUUUUUGUCCUCGGCAAUAUAUAUACGCUUAAUCAUAAAUGCUAAGGAUUUAUGGGAACUAGGUAUUUUCUGUUUUAUAAA